GAUGGAAUAUCCUACUAUUUCUGAGAUGGCUAGGGAUAUUCUUAUUGUUCCUAUUUCCACUGUGGCUUCUGAGUCGGCAUUCAGCACAGGAGGUCGAGUUUUAGAUUCGUUUAGGACCUCCUUAUCCCCUGAAGUUGUGGAGGCUUUGAUUUGUUGUGAAGAUUGGAUAAGAUCUUCAGACUCCGAGUUGGUGGCUGAUGGAGAAGAUGAGGGUGACGAAGUGGUAUUUCAAAAUGUAUAUGCAUCUUUUCAAGCUCGGAGUGCAAGUGCACAUGCAGGACCUAGUGGAAGCUCUCGUGCAGGACCUAGUGGAAGCUCUCCUGCUACCCAUGUUUUGAUCCCGAGUCCUACUAUGUCACAAGUGGAAGAAGACUAUGUCGACGACAAUUCUGAUGAGAAUGAUGAGACUUAUGUGGAUGUAGAGCCUGAUGAGGAGUGAUAAUAGUAGUAGUGUUUAUCUUGUAUGGUGGAUGAACUUUGAUUUUGCUUGGAUGUUAUCAUUUGAGAAUUGUAAAACUAAUGUGUUUAAUUACGAGUUGAAGAUAAUCUCAUUUAUGAUUGUCGGUAUUUUAUGUUGAACAAAAUUAUUUAUAAUUUUGCUCCAAACACCAAACAUUUUUUUGCAUAUGAUAGU